AUGGAGAACAAGGCACAGCUCGUCAGCAUGCUCUUCGACAUCACGUUGCGACUCAAAAACCAGAUGGACCAUAACCGGACCACGACAACGACUCUACUCGCAAAAGCCCACACCCUCAAGCAUGAAAACGAGGACCUCAAGGCGUCCGUUCGGGAAUAUAAGCAAACGAUCGAAGUCAUCAUCGAGAAGCACCUCACGCAAAUGACGGAGCUUCACCAGGAGCACCUGGCCCGGGAGAAGCGACUCGAGGACCAACUGGCAUCGGAAAAGCAUCACGCCCAAGCGCUCCGUACGCAAAACGUUUACUUGAAGGAGAAAGUCGAGCAGAUGCUGCAGGUCAUGAAGGCUGCCUGCGCGUCUGACAAAGAUCACGCUUACGACGAGGAGGCGUACAUGGCUGCUCUCGAGAGCGAGAACAAAACUCUCCGCAUAGCCUUGGGCCUAGACACCAUGUAG